CUUCCUGGCCAUCGGGAAACACAAUAUGGGCACGGCGUAACACAACGUUACACGUGGAACGAGUCGACUUCGACUUCGGGAUCGAUCGUAUCACAACCUCAUAUAUCACAACUCGAUCGCGUCAGUAUAUAAGAUGAACUGAGCUCUCAACUCUUCGCUCGUCGGUAUCGCUCCAUUUCCAAUCCACCACCAUGCAAUUACCAACCCCAAAUACGAGAAUGAACGACGGUGUUUCCGAAGCUCCACCUCCGAAGACAAUCAAUCCAAUCCCACAUCUGAAAUACAUCUUCUCACUGCGUUGUAAAAUCGACCCAGCGAUGAAUGUCGGCGAAGGUCCUUAUGGAUUUCGUGCUCACGUUCCGAUCACUGGCGGCACUUUCUCUGGACGAUUUGGGAUGAACGGGAAAGUUCUGAAUGGGGGUGCUGAUGAUAUGAUUGUGGUGGACGAAAUUAGGACAAGAAUUGACACCCGAUAUAUGCUCGAGACCGAUGAUGGCGCAUUGAUCUAUAUCCGGCACGUACAAACUUCACACAUCAUACCACAAAAACCUAACAUACUGACCAACAUUUUAGUACAAGAGGAGGAAGAGCAGGAACGCCAGAGAUGGUAGCUCGUCUUGAAGCAGGAGAGAAGCAGAAAAAAGAGGAUUGGAAAUCGUGCCUUUCAGUGAUCCUUGAGACUGGGCAUGAGAAGUAUCGAUGGCUGAAUGAUCAUACUAUCGUUGCUCAUGUGGAUAAGAUUGAUGGCGACAUCUGCUAUGAUGCUUAUCUGAUUGACGCAUACUAGAUGCAGUCCUAGAAAUACAAAUCACUCUUUGCCGACUCAUUCCAGCUCCGCGUGGGACGAAAGUUCAUGAGCUUUGAAAGCUGCACCUUUGUCUGGUUCGCUCUCCGGACCUUCUUGUCAUGCUUUGAGGAUGCUCUGCAUGGCAUCCUUGGCAUCUGGCAUGAAACUAGAUCCUAUAUAUGGCAUGACUUGCUCUAGAAAUUGAUAGGGUAGAACUUUAACAUAACUUGAAAAAUAACGGGAUCAACAGCGAUCUUGCUUCUACACAAUCCAAGUCGGG